AUGGUUUUUUUUUCCGAAGGUGAUGUUGAGUCAAGUUAUAGGGGUUCAGUUGCUGAGGUGAAGUGUGAUGUUGAUAAGUGGGCUAAGGUUGUAGUUAAUGUUGAUGAAAUUGAAGAUGUCAUUGGAAAACUGGUUGAAGAUGUUCUCAAUGGUAAAGCAGAUGGUGUAAGUGACUUGAAUAAGACUGAGGUUGAAGGCACAAAUGUUGAUGUUAAUGGGGUUGAGCAUAUGAGUGAGGGUGAGGUAGGAGAUAAUAAUGUUGGUGUUAAUGGGGCUGAGGAUAUGAGUGAGGGUGAGGUAGGAGAUAAUAAUGUUGAUGUUAAUGGGGUUGAGGAUAUGAGUGAGGUUGAGGUUGGAGAUAAUAGUGUUGAUGUUAAUGGGGCUGAUGAUAUGAGUGAUAAUGAUGAUGUGAGUUUCCAGUAUGACAGUGCCUUAGAUGUUUCCUUUCAAGACUCAGAUGAAGACAAUGAUGGUUAA